AUGCAUUCCAAUUAUUGGUUUUAUCUAUUAUUGAUGCUGGUGAAAAAUAUCAAUAGCUAUCCAAGCGGUGCUCCGUCGGGAGCAUGUACGACAAUGAUACCAGCACAUGGAUUACACCCAUCGACUUGUACAAACAACUAUAUUAUCGAACCGUCAUCUUCAUCAUACCAAGCUGGUGAUUCAAUCCUAGUUAAAGUAAAAGGUAUAAAUAUCAAUGAUAAAUUUCGAGGAAUUCUUUUGAUGGCAUUUGACACCAACUCUAACGUGAUCGGAACAUGGGAUCCUGUUGAUAGUAACGUGCAAAAUGUCGCAUGUGGAAACGAUAAGUAUGUAUUUGUAUGUGGAAUAUCAUCGGAUGAAUUUAUUCAAUUGAAACGAAUGCAUACGAAAGCGGGAAAACGGCGACCGUCACAAGCUAGUGAAGAAUUAAAUGUAAUUGACACAUCGUUCGCAGAUGGAAAAGCUAUUUGCCAAUUUUCGUUUGAAUUGAAUAGUGUACAAGUUAAUGAUGAACCAGUACCCAUAGUAAAAACGGAAGAUUAUUAUAUCAUAUUUGCUGCGGGGCGAUUAAACGACGACAAGAUAAUUCAAAAACAUACGCAAAAUUUUGUGACAACAAAAACAUAUCAGUUUGAACAAGAUAAAGACAUAGAUUUAGACGAGAUAUCGAUCACAACAACUAUACCAGCCACGACCACGAUCUCUGGUAGUGCUAGCCCAUCAACAGCAUCUCAUCCGUCAAGUGGCAGCUCUAAUUAUCCCGUAUCUACCGAGUCAUCAGCAAAUGAUGUUGGCGUUAAUGUGACAUGGAAUUAUUUUCGUGGUAUGACAAAUGUUCGGAUGACAAUUAAUAAUUUGAAAAGCCAACAAUGGAUCGCUAUUGGAUUGUCCACUGAUGAACUAAUGGGUAACGACCACGUCUUUGUAUGCCAACACUUAGCAAAUAAUACUGUUGCGGUGAAAAGGUUAAUCAAUCCCGGUGGGCAUAGUCAAUCGAUCGAUGCUCCUCCAUCAAGUGGUGGAACAUUGACACCAAAUCAAUGGAAAGUAGAAAACGGUGUAGUAACGUGUGAAUUCACAUUAUCGAAUUUUGACGUGUCCGAAAAGCGCUGGAAAAGACAGGAAUCAAUAGCAGCAUUAUCACAAACCGCACAAUAUUAUCCACUUAUCGCUAUUGGUGCACUCGAUACUUCAAAUACAAUGCAAAGACACAGUAGUAGGCAAGCAGAAAGUAAACUUGUUUCACUAAAUCGUCAGGAACACAUUGUUCAUAAUUUGAAUAGCUUCAGUAAUAAUCGUGCUAAUUUAAUGAAAGCCCAUGGAUGCAUAAUGAUAUUUACGUGGAUGUUGAUUGUUUCAACGGGAAUUUUAAUUGCACGAUAUUUUAAAAACACUUGGUCUAACCGAAAACUAUGUGGAAAAGCUGUGUGGUUCAGUGUACAUCGAGCAUUAAUGUCAUGUGCAGCUAUAUUAACAAGUUUAGCAUUUGUAUUUAUAUUAAUCUAUCGUCAAGGUUCAUGGGUGGAAAAAAGUCAAUCAAAAGAAUAUGCACAUUCGAUCGUUGGUAUACUCGUUGUCGUCUUUGCAUUCAUUCAACCAAUUAUGGCUCUAUUUCGUUGUCAUCCUGAACAUCUUUACCGUUUUAUAUACAAUUAUUUACAUGCAUUGGUUGGUUUUAGUGCGCUCGUGUUAUCGAUAUCAGCAAUAUUUUUAGCCUUAUAUUUCUCAAUAUUUAAUUUUAAAACAAAUAAUUCGUGGGCUAUCAUGACUGCAUGGUCAUGUUGGAUUGUGUUAAUAUUUUUCAUAUUUGAAUGCUUGGAAUUUUGUUUCAAAAAUGAUAGACGAAGUGAAAAAAAUGAUGCAUAUCAAUUGGAUAGUAAUGGACAUGCAAAUGGUACAAUAUCUGAAGCAACAGAUGAAGAAAAAUCCAAUCCAAUAAAAGAUAAAUUGAAAGGCCUCUUACUCAUUUUACAUAUAUUGGUAGCUUUUGGCCUAUCAUUAGCCCUUGUAAUUAUUAUUGGUCAAUCGCAAUAG